AUGCUGGGUCCUGCAUUACUCCAGUAUGAGCUCAUGUCCAUGAAGAUGCCCACGCGUAGCGAUACCCCAGAAGAAGGUUCAGACUCUGCCGACCAACGUAUCAAUGAACUUCCUGAGUUCUCGAAGCUAUCUCAGCGUUCCAGCGAUGCUCACGAGCAACCCGGCGCGGAAGAAACCACAGACGACAGCAAGACAACAAGCCGCGCCGUAGACCAGAACCCACAGCGCAGCGCCACCAAUGAUGAUACAAACGACGCAGAUUUACUACGAGAGAUCAAGAAGCUGCGCACAAUGCUGGAGAAGACAAAGCAUGUCGAGGACAAACUCGCUACCCUAGAGGUACGCUUGAGUGCUUCAGAGAGCAGAGAGAAGUCGAUGGGUGAUCGGCUUGAUGCCAUUACUCAGGAGCGGGACGAAAUGGAACGGCAGCAUCGGGUUCUUUGGAAUCACUGUUUCUUUUUCAAGGCAUGCCUGACAGACCUGACAGACAAGGAGACUAAAGCUCUAGAUGUUCUGUACAGGGCCCAUUCUCUACUCGAAGAACAAGUUGGGAAGCUAGCAACUGAGCAGGAAGCGUUCAAUAAAGAGAACAAAGGCUUGGGUGACAAGUUGCAGACCAUGGUCGAGUUCGCUACAAAGUCAAAGAAUGCCGCAGUUGUGGGUAGGAUCGCGAACGAGUCGGCUAUGGCUCACAUCAAGAAUCUAGAGGAGAAGGUCGAAGAACUUGAGACAGAGUCGAGAAAGCAAGAGACCUUGGCCAAGCAAGAAGCGUUCGAGAAACGGCGGAGCGCUAUGAACUAG